UCUCUUCUCCCUCUCCCUCUUUCUCUCCCUCCCUCCCCUUUCCUUCCUUCCUUUCCUUUUUUCCUCUCUUUCCCUAGAGCUUAGGGAAUUCUGCCUGCCAUUCUCUUUAGGAAGAAUAGACAAUAACUACUUUUCUCCCAGUUGGCAAUUAUGUUUGGAGAGGUAAGAAAAAGAGAAUAGCUGCCUGCCAUAUAUGCUUAUGACAGGGAUUUUCUACUCAUUUAUCUUUGCAUUGUUAUUGGCUAUUAUUCAGCUUUCAAAAAAUCAGGUACCAUUUAUUCAUUUGGCUUAUGGGGGAACUCUAGCAGCCUACCUUUCAUUUAUUGACCAGGAAGGAAAGGAGGCAACAGAUUCAAGGAUAUUGUUAAUAUUCCUUUCUGAAUGAAGCAAAUGUGCAUGCGACCUUUUAGCUUUGCUUUAGAUGUUGAAUAUUGUAUCCUGUUUAUCAAUAUUACUUCCUCAAGAAAAAGAGAAGGUGCUACCUUUAGAGCUUUUCUGGGGGAAUUCUGGAAAUGUCGCAAUCAUUUCAUCACUCUUUAUCAACAUCUCCCUUUUUAAGGAGAGAUAUUUGUUUGCACAGUGUAAUUCUCUGGAAACAAACCCUUUAUUAGAGGAUACUGAUUAAUGGAACACUCAAAAACAGCCCAUGAAUAGUAGAAUGAGUAGAACAUAAGAGUAGAAAUUGUUUUAACUACAAAGAGAAAAAAACUGAACUUAUUCAUAAUUGCAUUACCUAGCCUUAAUGUUCAACAUUUUGGUUAAUGUCUUUUUCCUAUGUAUAUAUAUUUUUCUUCCUUUAUUUAACAAAUUGUUAUUGAGAACUUUCUAUUUGCUGAGCAGUAAGCACUGUAGGAACAGCCAUGAGCCUCUGGCCUUUUGUAACUUUCAGUGUAUGUUGUAUUUGUUGGCAUACAGUUUUGUAUUUUGCUUUUUUACUUACUAUAUUAUGGAAUUUUCCUCAUCUCACUGAAUAUUCUCCUGUAGUGGCUCAAUAGUAUUUCGGCAUAUAGAUUUUCCUGAAUUUAUUUACCUAAGACUUUUGGUUACACAUUUAGGUUAUUUCCAGUUUUGUCUAUAAUUAUAAAACAACAAUAUGAGGAAUAUUCUGAUAUUGUAGAGUCUAAGAUGACUUCCAAUGACCCUCACCGUGUAUAAUUCCCUCCUCUGUGAACAUAAUAGAAUAUCAUUCUCUUGAUUAUAUUAUAUUGCAUGCAAAAGGAAUUUUGUAGAUGUAAUUAAGGUUACUAAUCAGUUGACUUUGAGUUCAUCAAAAGGGAGAUAAUCUGGGUGAGCCUGAACUGAUUUCAUAGGCAUUUUAAGAGCAGAGAGUUUUCUCCUGUUGGUGGCAGCAGAGGAAAUCAGAGAGAUUGGAAGCAUGAGAGAGUUUGACAUAAGGAAGGUUCUCUGUUGCUGAAAUGAAGAGGGCCACAGGCCAGCACUGGACAUAGGAAAAAACCAUGAACCUUAGUCCUCCAGCCGCAAGGAGCUAAAGUCUGCAAAUAACCUGAAUGAUCUUGGAAGCCAAUUCUUCCCCAGAGCCUCCAGAUAAGAGCCCUGCCUGAGUGACAUCUUGAUUUCUGCCUUGUGAGACCCUAAGCCGAGGACCCAGUUGAGCCACCUGGAUUUCUGACCUACAGAACUGUGAGACAAUAAAUGGCUAUUGUUUUAAGCCACUAAACGUGUGAUGAUUUCUUCUGUAGCAAUAGAAAAUGAAUACAUUUGUAAGCUAGAUUUUUUUACAUCUAUAAUUAUUCUUUUGGGAUACUAUCCCAGGUAUGGAACUGCUGGAUAAAAGUUAUGCACAUUUUUAAAGUUUUUAUAUCAUAUUGCUGAUUUGCCCUCCAUAAGCUUUGUACCAAUUUAUGUGCAUCGUAAUGACCUAUGUUACUGCAUCCUGGUAAACACUCGAUACUACCAUUCUAAUAGGCAAAAACAAAAACAAAAAGGUAUCUCCUAUUUUGAAAGAAGAUUUGCAUUGCUCUUAUUACCAGUAGAGUUGACCAUUGUUUUCUUAAUUUGGGGUUCGGUUGGUAAGUCUUUUUUAGUGAAUGCCUAUUCUUUAGUUAGCUUUACUGUUCACGUAGAGAAAAUAGUCCCGAACAUAUAGUACAACAUUUCUCUAACAUAAUAUUUUCAAGGGGUACAAUGACUAAUGAGCUUAAUUGAGAGAAUGUGUACUUCUGAGAAAUAUUAGCUGCUGUCAUACUUCCUGCAAAAAAAAUACCCCAGAUGUUAUACUGUGGGAGAAUAGAAAGUGUCAGCUUCAUUGUUUAGGCAGAAAGUGUCUUAUGCUUUUCUAGGGGAAAAGUCUAGCUUGUCUGAUUUGGCAUUAAAAAUGUGAUCAUUUCAGGAAUGAAGAUAUAUUGUAUCUUACCAUGGAAAAUUAUAGCUUUGACUACUGUUUUAGAAGGAAAUAUAUACCAUUAACUAUCAGAAAAAAACUAAUAUUUUCCUAAAUAAACAUCACCAUUUUCAAUUUGACCAAGAUAACCAGUAAUCUCUGAUUAUGUAUGUUACAUUGCUUUAUUUGGGAUGGGGUAAAGGAGGAAAUUCAAGUUAUUUUUUCUGUAAUCCUUGUUAUUUGAGAUGAUAGGGUUUCUUUCUGACAAAUGAAAUAAGACAGAAGGAAAAAGGAAGGAAGGAAGAAUAAAAGAAGAAAGGAGGAAAGAACAAAAGAAAGAUGGGAGAGAGAAGUUGGGAGAUUAAAGAGUACUUUUGCUUGGUUUUAUCUUUUCUUAAAAAUUGGUUCUUACUACCUCAAUUUCUGGAUUGGUGUCUUCCUAAUAAGGACAAGAUACUUCAAAAUUUUUACUUUGAAAUAAUUGUAGAUUUAUAAGAAAUUGAAGAAAAAGGUAUAGGAGGUCCCAUCUAUGAACAUGAUUUAUAUUUUUUAGUUGAAUGGUCAAAUAUUAUUUACUUUUAAAAAAUCAACCUUCUGUAGGUUGUUAUUUGUGUUCAAAGAAUUCAUAAUGGCCUAUUCUUCUAUGGAGGCCUGAUAUUGCCCUUUUUUUCCCCUUUGGUUAGGUUUGGAUAGGCAUCAAAAUAAAAAAUGCUGACUUGGCUUGGUGCUAGGGGCAUAGAAUGUGUAACUGUUAUUAGAAGAGUCCACACCAGUGUGAUUCAAAGACACCAUAAUAAGUGAAAAGAAUGGUAAACUUGAUAUUAGAAAGCCUGGAUUCUGGACUUCACUCUUCUACGUUAUAACUAUAUGAGCUUUGAAAUCUGUUUUCACCUUCCUCCUGAGUUGUUUGGAAUAUAGGAAGUAAAGCAGUUUGGAAACUAAAGCCUAGGCUAUCAUAAUUAUUAUUGAGUCCAUUUUGCAGUAACAAGAACAAACUCAUUUACUGGUUGUAAUUUCUAUGAUAAAAAUUACUUCUUUGAUUUGGACAACAAGGCAGAGGAAUUUUGACGAGAAGUUUCUUCAAAAUAUUUGUGCAAAAAAAAAUGCAUAUGUCAUCUUCGAACUUGGGAGGACAGAGAGAAAAACUAGUAGGAUUUCACACAGCAGUAACACCCGCUCAUCAAGUUAGCUUAUUACCCUGGCCUUCUGUAGGCCUAAGGCCUAAAGCCUAUAGGUAGGGGAAACGCUACCUGGGAAGGUAGGAGCAAGCCCAUCUGGGCCCUGUGACUGUUCUCAUAGUAUGGUUUGGUUUAAGAAGCUCUGAUCUAUAUAUUGUAAAUAUGUGAAUUUAUAAAUUUACACAGCCAAAGGGACAUUAGAGAGAAGAAAAUGAUGAGCUCAUCACCAAACAUUUAUUGAACACCUUGUAUGGUGCUAAAUACUCUGCUAACUGCUUUACAGACUCUCAUUGAAUCCCAUUGAAUGUGCAAAUAACCCUAUGAGAUAGGUGCUAUAAUUAACUCCUAUUUUGCAAAUAAGGAAGCUUAGAUCAAAUGAUUGAGCAAAGUACUCAGGAUCACAUAAGUACUAAGUGGCAGAGUCACUUAUCAAUUCAGGUGUGUUUGGCACCAAAACCCCAUAUCCUCACACUAUAAGCCCAUGGUCACUGUCACUCUCCUUACUUUUAGUCUAGGUCUUUUCCGCAUUAUAUCCUCUUAAUAAUUUGUUUACUCCUAUGCAUUUUGUCAGCUAUUUCAGGCCUCUGUGUAUCUAGCUAAUGUGUAAAAUUGAUACAAAAGUUAUUAGGUUUUUAAGCUUUUAGAUGAAUAAGAUUUAGAUUUUUAAGCUAUGUAAUGAAAUCACUUGAUUUGAUUUUUUUAGUGAAGCAUUUCCUACCAGACUCCUCUAAAGGAGGCACUGUCUCCCAUGUACUAUUAAAAGUUGAACCUUGUGACUACUGUCUGACUAUGUUUUUCUUUUAGAGAAGUCAGAGGGGGCAGUCUGUGACUUCAUGUAAAAAAUAGCCAUCAAAGAUCUAUCCAGCACCAUUUUUAGUUCUUUAAUUUUGGUAAGCUCACAUUUUCAAAACAGUUUAAAUUUGUCUGGUUUAUUUUGGAAGUAUAUAUUACAAAACAUUCAAAGGCAAGUGAGAAUUCAAAUGCACAGAGAAGAGCUAGGGAGCUUUUUGCAGAGGCUCUUUAGUGGAGACAGAAGAUACACUGUCAAGCCCUAGAAGAAUUCUACGAUUUUCUUCCUACCCUGAAGAGACUUGGAUAUUAAUGGGUAACAUUUUGCAUGAAAAUUUCUGAAUGCUUUCUCUUCUUAUCUCUGAGGCCUUCUGUGGAGCAUUAAUAGGAAGUUGAAUGCACGAAUGGAUAAAAUGGAUCGUCUUAAAGGAUUGACAUUCCAAAAAUAUAUCAGCAGGACUGGACAGGUUUGACAAAAUGAGAUUUCUAUUUUAGCUUGACUUCUGGAACUCUGAAUAAACUAUAAACUGAGCUACACACGGUCCUGGGAAGGAAGCCUCUCCUCUAAACUAUUCUAGCUGCAUGUAACAUUUUUCUUAUUCAGAGCCUUUGAAAAAAAUCUAUUUAGUCAUUAAUUUCCUGAGGAAUAAGACAAUUAGACACGUACCAACUUUUAACAUAUAAAGUGGGAUAUAAAGCAGCAAUUUAUGUUUUACUGGAAAAGGAAUUUAAUUAAUGAAAUAGACAACAGGAAGAGGAGAAAUCUCUGUAUAAGCACUGGUUGAGAUGGCAGAAGCUACUGGGGAUGCUUCCGCUCUGCCCGUAACAGUGAAGAAAAAGAAAAGUCUAUCCAUUGAAGAAAAGAUAGACAUCAUAAACGCCGUAGAAAGUGGCAAGAAAAAAGCAGAGAUUGCAGCUGAAUAUGGCAUAAAGAAAAAUUCAUUGUCUUCUAUUAUGAAGAAUAAAGACAAAGUUCUAGAAGCCUUUGAGUCUCUGAGAUUUGAUCCAAAGAGAAAAAGACUGAGAACUGCUUUUUACACAGACCUGGAAGAGGCAUUGAUGAGGUGGUAUCGAAUUGCUCAGUGUCUAAACGUACCAGUUAAUGGUCCAAUGCUGCGUUUGAAAGCUAAUGAUUUUGCUCAGAAACUGGGACAUAAUGAUUUUAAGUGCAGUAAUGGUUGGCUGGAUCGCUUUAAAUCCAGGUAUGGCUUAGUAUUCAGAGCUCAACCUGUAGAAGCUACAGGUAUAUCAGCAGACCCUUCCACUGUCUGGCACCAAAAUGUACUUCCUUAUUAUUUAAAUGAUUAUCAUCCUAAAAAUGUUUUUAAUAUAAAAGAGACGGGGCUGCUUUAUCGAAUGUUACCUACGAAUACAUUCGCAUUUAAGGGAGAAACAUGCUCAAUUGGGAAGUUAUGCAAAGACAGAAUAACUCUGGUGGUUGGGACGAACAUGGAUGGCUCAGAGAAACUUCCUUUACUUAUCAUUGGAAAAAACAGAAAUCCGCACUGUUUCAAAGGGAUAAAAUCAUUGCCUGUGUAUUAUGAAGCUAACAGAAUGGCAUGGAUGACCUCAGAUAUAUUUGAACAAUGGAUGAGGAAGCUUGAUGAGAAAUUUCAAGUCCAGCAACGAAGAGUGGUGAUUUUUGUUGACUCUUUCCCUGCACAUCCAGAGGUUAAGAACCUCAAGUCCAUUGAGUUAGCAUUUUUCCCAUCAUGUUUAUCUUCCAAAUUUAUAGCUAUGAAACAAGGUGUUAUUAAAAGCCUUAAAAUCAAAUAUCGACAUUGUCUUAUAAAGAAAUUUUUAAGUUCUGUUGAAGGCAGCAAAGAAUUUACAUUUUCUCUACUAGAUGCUGUUGAUACAUUGCACCUCUGUUGGAGGGCUGUAUCCCCAGAGACUAUCGUUAAGAGCUAUGAAGAGGCAGGAUUUAAAUCUCAGCAGGGAGAAAGUAACAAGACAAAUGCAGAGAUGGACACAAGUCUUGAUUUGGUUGCUCACGCCCAAGCAGCAGGAGUGGAAUUUCCUGAAGGUUUAUCCAUAGAAGAGUAUGCUGCCCUGGACGAUGAUUUGGAGACCUGUGAAGUGGCACCAAAUGGUGAUACGGAGUCGACCAAAGAAAAUAAAUCAGAGGAAAGUGGAUUUUAUACUUCUGACGAAGAGGAUGAUGGGGGAUCUCUGGGAACUGAACUCCCUUUACCAUCAAAAACUGAGGCAAUAACUGCUUUAGAUACUCUUAAAAAUUAUCUUAGAAGUCAAGAUAUGAAUGAUGGGCUUCAUAAUUCUUUAGCAGACCUUGAAAUUUUUAUUAACUCUGUGUCAUCUAAGUAAUUACCUAUUGUACAUCUGAAGAGUAAUAGCUUUUCCUGAUGUAUUUUACUAUAUGAGGUAUGUAAAGGGAAAAUACCACUUAAAUAUAAAAAAGUGAAAAACUAGUAAUCUUUGGUUUAAUUGCAAAUGUCUUUGGUCUGAAUAGAAAUUUCCCUAGGUAGAUUAAAUAAUGAUUAAGUAAGUGAAAAUUUUGAAUUUAAAUUUAGCAAGAUUUUGGAAAGUAGAAAUGUAUUGCAGAGGCCUUGUACUUAAAAUAUAUGGUAUAUAUGUUAAAAAAAAUAAAAAGAACUCUCCAGCUAUCUGA